GUAGCUACGGUGUCAAGAAAAUAGAAUAUGCUGUAGGCAGUUUAUAUCCAUUAUAUUUGUUUCAUUUCCUUAUCAACCGAAUAUUGAAUAUUCCUACGUAAACUGAAACAAGGAUCAGAUUUUCCAGCAUAUAUUAUAUAUCAUCUUGACACCAUUGGAAAUAUUAAUACUAAAUAGUAUGAGGUAUGAUUUUUGUAUACAUUUGUUGAUCUAGACAAAUGAAAUACCUAUGUACUAGUAAUAAUGGCUACAGAUGCAGAAAUCGCAAGAAAACUUCAACUAGAAGAGUUUCAACAAGGGGAUGAUUCUGACCCAGAUGCACAUUUAGCAUGGCAGCUGCAACAAAGUGAAGUUUCGGAGGUGGAUGAGCUGGAUUCUGGAAGUCUGCACCUUGAUCAACUUUCACCAGAUCCUGUCUCGCAGUCAUCUGACAUCACAGACUAUGAUCGCCCUGUUAUGGAUGAUUUAAGUCCCGAUGGUGAUACAGAUGAAAUCGGUUAUGAGCAAGCCUCUGCUCUCAGUGAAUACCCUGAGGAUUUGAUCAGUAUACAGGACGAUGAGAGGAUUGCAUUUCAGCUGGAUGAACAGCUAAAACUGACUCAGGAACAUGAGGAUGCUGCCUUGGCACAGAAAUUAUUUGAGGAAGAAGAACACCAACAAUCACGUAGUAGGGCCACACGUCCCCCUACACUCCCUCGGAGGGAACCGCCACAACGUAACAGGCCCCCAAGGCACUUCCUUUUCCCUCCUAACUCCGGCUCAGGUCGCCUGUUUGACCCCACCUUUAGUCCACCUGAAUCAGAUGUUCCUGUAAGCAUUCACGGACCACAUCAUCUCCAUCAUCUGCCCAGACAUGAUUUACAACGGGUCCAGGUUUGGAUUUAUGAUGAGAAACAAUAUAUUUCCCAGAAACAUGUUACCACCCGAGGAUGUAGAUUUAAAUGACUAUGAGGCACUUUGGGAGCUAGCAGAGCAGAUCGGUGAUGUGAAGGGCAAUGGAGUGACACAGGAAGUCAUUGAUGAUCUGCCCUCACAUGCUUUUAAGAAAGACACACACGGAGCUAUGUCUCAGAAAACAGAUCACGAGUGUCGUAUAUGUCUCUCCACAUUCAGUGAAGGCGAGGCCGUCAAAACCUUACCAUGUCUCCAUAUGUACCACCAAUCUUGUAUAGAUAACUGGUUAAAGAGAAAAGGAGACUGUCCUAUCUGCAGGGAAAAUGUGAAAAGAGAAUCCUGAAUGUCAUUAUUAAAUUGUCAUCUUCCUCAUUACCAUCCACCUAUACUGGCUGACAUUGUAGUUUGUGACAUUCAGGAUGUCACGUACUGGCUGACAUUAUUGUGUGUGACAGCCAGGAUGUCACAUACUGGCUGACAUUGUUGUGUGUGACCGCCAGGAUGUCAUCUUCCUCAUUACAUUCACCUACUGGCUGACAUUAUAGUUUGUGACAUUAAGGGUGUCACAUACUGGCUGACAUUGUUGUGUGUGACAGUCAGGAUGUUACAUACUGGCUAACAUAGUAGUGUGUGACAGUCAAGAUGUCAUCUUCCUCAUGAACAUCCACCUACUGGCUGACAUUAUAGUUUGUGACAUUAAGGGUGUCACAUACUGGCUGACAUUGUUGUGUGUGACAGUCAGGAUGUCACAUACUGGCUGACAUUGUUGUGUGUGACAGUCAGGAUGUUACAUACUGGCUGACAUUGUAGUGUGUGACAGUCAGGAUGUCAUAUACUGGCUGACAUUGUAGUAUGUGACAGUCAGGAUGUCACAUACUGGCUGACAUUGUAGUAUAUGACAGUCAGGAUGUAAUCUUGUUCAUGUCCAUAUGACUCAUCGACAAAUAUUGCAGCAGCUCAAGCAAGUUCCAGAAUGUUAUUUUCACAACAGACUACAAGACGUCUACUUCAUAACAGACGUAGUAGUGUGUGACAUUCAGGAUGUCACCUACUGGCUGACAUUGUUGUUUGAGACAUUAGGAUGUCAUCUUCAUCAUGCCCAUACGACUCAUCGAUAAAUACUGCAGCAGCUCAAGCAAGUUCCAGAAUGUUAUUUUCACAACAGACUACAAGACGUCUUCUUCAUAACAGUUUCAGAGACCGCAUCUUCAUAACAAUUACAGAGAUGUAAUAUUUCCGAAAAAGUGUGAUCUUCAAAAUAGUUGCAACUGCAACAUGCAACAAUUCUGAAGAUAUCUAUUUUAUACCAGUUCCAGAAAUGUCAUCUUAUAACAGCUUUGGAGAAACAGUGAUAUCCUGGUGCAAAAUGACCUACUUUUAUAUCUCCAUAGGUACGAGUGUAUCAUGGUACCAUAAGAGUUCCGAAGACAUCAUCCUUUAAGUAUAUUAUACCUUGAUAAGAUAUCUGCCCAUAUUUUUUGUAUAUUACUUGUACGCAUCAUUUAAUUGAGCCGUGGUAUCAAACUGAAUGAAUGAACUGUUUAUUAUAUUGUUAAAAGUAUAACAUUAUGAUGCCACUAAACUGUAUAUCUGCCAUAUCAUGUUUGUCAAAUUGUCUCAAAUGUCUCGUGGAGUCUUAACUUGUGUAAGAGUAGUCCACCUGGUACUUAUACCAAGUAUCCUAAGGAUACUGAUUCAUUAUAGGUACAACAUCGCCGACAAAGAGUAGUUUAAUUAAUGAUAACAAGAAUAGGCUGGUAUAUUUUUAUACAAUACCAAAAGUUAAAUACUUUAUGAUAUAACUACCCUCCAAACCCUCCAGAAGUUUGAGCUUCAAAUUUUAGCUUUUAAAUUUAGUGAAUGAAUGAUUGAUUAGAUCCAGAAUGAAUUCUGUCAAGUCCUGUCUCUAUAUUGUGUAUGUCACUUUCUGUCUUAAAAGCGAUAAUUUUAGUACAGGGUACACUAUUUCUUGGUAUUAAUUGAUAUAUUUCUAUACUUUGAAUUUUAUUUUAUGACAAACAGCAUAUACACUGUCAGUAGUGUAACAUCUCUUCUGUUUUAGAUAUAUAGAGAAUAAAAGGUCAGUGUCUUAAAAUAUAAGCUGUAUUUUGGCGAGGGUAAAGAAAGACAAAAGUGGGGAGCCACAUUUGUCUUUCU